UACCAAAGCAUCCCCUCAUUGUCUGAAUGCGGAAGUUGGAUCAUGAGCUCCUGCUGCUCUCUCUCUCUGAAUGAAGAUUGAGUGUUACCCCAGACUGCACCACCCUCUGCUUUCACCGGAGGAUUUACCUGCAUAUCUUGAACUAAUUGCCUCAGCCAGCUUGACUCAUUGGGACUGGAAUUUUAUCCAUCUUUUGAGUGGAGAAGGAGGAUUGUCCCGCCUGCUUCCAGAGAUCUGACUGGUAAAGCACUGAGAUGCCGCUGUUCGAGGGUGGAGGGAGCUUUACCGGAGCGGAGAGUUAGCCAGCCGGCCACCCGCAGCAGAGUGGGACGUCAGAGGGAGCGUCGAACCUGGAGGGAGCCCGCGCCGUGGGGAAACCGUGGAAGUGUGGGGAAUGCGGGAAGGGGUUUCGAGUCCCCUCUGAGCUGGAGAUCCACCGGCGCGGUCACACCGGGGAGAGGCCGUUCUCCUGCCCCGAGUCCGGCAAGGCCUUCAUUGGGUCCUCCAAGCUGCUGAGGCACCGGCGGGUCCACACCGGGGACAGGCCGUACCCCUGCCCCGAGUGUGGCAAGGCCCUUCACCCAGCUGUCCCACCUGCAGACGCACCGGCGCCUCCACACACCAGGGAGAGGCCUCUCACCUGCCCCGGGGGCGGCAAGGCCUUCAAUCGAUCGCCGACCCUGCGGACGCACAGGCGCCUUCCCAACGUGACCGCACGGAGUUGAAGUCUGCAGCGAAUCCCACCCAGGACUGGGGGGGGAUCGUGCCCGUGGGGGGGAUUGUGCCCCGUUCGAAGACAGUGGGUGAAGCGGGAAGGGAGCGAGGCUUCCUUUCUACCGGACUGGCCGCUCUCGCUCCCUUUGCUUCCCGUGGGACCGAUGCUGUUUGAGGCUGGGACUGCACGUUCCCCGGGCCAAAGAUCUGCAGGAGCUGAGGAAGUGCACUCCUUUCACACCGGAUGGAUAUGAGAAGAGCAGCUUUGCAGGUAGAGCUCCCCAACUGAGUACCAUGUGAAGGUCUGACAGAGCCCCUUGAUUCGUGGGACAGGAGAGACGUCCCUCUUUCAGUCCAGAAGGGGAAAAUUCUUUGAACGUUUUUGUCUGCUUCAGUAGGCUCUUAAAGUAUCAUCUUUACCUGAACCACAGGGGCACGUGCCUGAGCCAGUUUGCCCACUGUGGGGAAAGGAAGUCUCAGGAGGCAUUCUGCGCGCCAUGGAGAAACCGUGGAAGUGUGGGGAUUGCGGGAAAGGAUUCCACUAUCCCUCCAUGCUGGAGAUCCACCACCGUGUCCACACCGGGGAGCGGCCCUUCACCUGCUCCGUCUGCGGCAAGGGCUUCACCCAGUCGCCCCACCUGCUGUCCCACCAGCGGGUCCACACCGGGGAGCGGCCGUUCGCUUGCUCCGAGUGCGGGAAGGACUUCAGCGAAUCGUCCAGCCUGCUCAAGCACCAGCGGGUCCACACCGGGGAGCGGCCCUUCACCUGCUCGGUGUGCGGCAAGGGCUUCCCUCAUUCGUCCACCCUGCUCAAGCACCGGCAGGUCCACACCGGGGAGCGGCCCUUCACCUGCACCGUCUGCGGCAAGGGCUUCCCUCACUCGUCCAGCCUGCUCAAGCACCAGCAGGUCCACACCGGGGAGCGGCCCUUCACCUGCACCGUCUGCGGCAAGGGCUUCACCCGCUCAUCGCACCUGCUGACCCACCAGCGGGUCCACACCGGGGAGAGGCCGUUCAGCUGCUCCGUCUGUGGCAAGAGCUUCUCUCACUGGUCCAGCCUGCUGCGGCACCAGCAGGUCCACACCGCGGAGCGGUCCUUCAUCUGCUCCGUCUGCGGCAAGGGCUUCUCUCACUCGUCCAGCCUGCUGCGGCACCAGCAGGUCCACACCGGGGAGAAACCGUGGAAGUGUGAUAACUGUGGGAGAGGCUUCCGUACUCCGUCUGACCUGGAGAUUCAUCAGCGCGUCCACACGGGGGAGAGGCCGUUCUCCUGUCCUAAGUGCGGGAAGGGCUUUACCCAGGUCUCUGCCCUGCUUAGGCACCAGCGGAUCCACACGGGGGAGAGGCCUUUCAGUUGCCCCGAGUGUGGGAAGGCCUUCAGCAAUUCCUCCACCUUGCAGACCCACCGACGAGUCCAUACGGGAGAAGGGCCCUUCAGCUGUCCCGAGUGUGGGAAGGCCUUCAGCUAUUCCUACCACCUGCUGAGGCACCAGCGGGUCCACACGGGGGAGAGGCCUUUCAGCUGCCCCGAGUGUGGGAAGGCCUUCAGCAAUUCCUCCACCUUGCUGACCCACCGGCGAAUCCAUACGGGAGAGAGGCCCUUCAGUUGUCCUGAGUGCGGGAAGGCCUUCAGCAAUUCCUCCACCUUGCUGACCCACCGGCGAGUCCAUACGGGAGAAGAGCCCUUCAACUGUCCCGAGUGUGGGAAGGCCUUCAGCUAUUCCUCCCACCUGCUGAGGCACCAGCGGAUCCACACGGGGGAGAGGCCUUUCACUUGCCCCGAGUGUGGGAAGGCCUUCAGCAAUUCCUUCACCUUGCUGACCCACCGGCGAGUCCAUACGGGAGAGCGGCCCUUCAGUUGUCCUGAGUGCGGGAAGGCCUUCAGUUAUUCCUCCGCCCUGCUGAGGCACCAGCGGGUCCACACAGGGGAGAAGCCCUUCAGCUGUCCUGAGUGUGGGAAGGCCUUCACCCGCUCCUCCAACCUCCGGAACCACCAGCGACUUCAUAUGCCAUCGCAGGGAUGGAGCCUGAAACAGUUAUACGGCCUGGAAAGACGAAUUCACGGCAGGGUGGGGCUGUACCCACGUUUGUGUGCAGCUGAAGUUUCGGUCAUGGAGAAACCCGAGGAAUCCCGCACUGUGAAGAAACCGUGGAAGUGUGGCGACUGUGGGAAAGGCUUCUGUGCCCCGUCUGCUCUGGAGACUCAUCGGCGCAGUCACACCGGUGAGAGGCCCUUCAGCUGCCCCGAGUGCAGGAAGGGCUUUACCCAGGCAUCUGCCCUGCUGACCCACCGGCGGAUCCACACGGGGGAGAGACCUUUCAGCUGCCCUGAGUGUGGGAAGGUCUUCAGCAAUUCCUUUGCCCUGCUGAGGCACCAGCGAAUCCACAAGGGGGAGAGACCACUCUCCUGCCCCGAGUGCGGGAAGGCCUUCAGUGAUUCCUCCCACCUUCUGACACACCGGCGGGUCCACACAGGGGAAAGGCCCUUCAGUUGCUCCGAGUGCAGGAAGGCCUUUACCCAGGCCUCUGCCCUGCUGAUCCACCAGCGGCUCCACACAGGGGAGCGGCCCUUCAGCUGCCCAGAGUGCGGUAAAGGCUUCAGCGAUUCCUCCACCCUGCAGACCCACCAGCGGGUCCACACGGGGGAGAGGCCCUUCAGCUGUUGUGAAUGUGGGAAGUGCUUUACCCAGGCCUCUGCCCGGCUGAGACACCAGCGGUCCCACACCGGGGAGAGGCCCUUCAGGUGCCCCAAGUGUGGGAAGGGCUUUGCCCGGGCCUCCAACCUCCAGACCCACCAGCGGAUCCACACGGGGGAGAGGCCCUUUAGUUGUCCUGAGUGCGGGAAGUGCUUUACCCAGGCCAUCACACUUCAGAAACACCAGCAGGUCCACAUGGGGGAGAGGCCCUUCAGUUGCCCCAGGUGCAGUAAGGUGUUCACCUGCUCCUCCCAGCUGCAGAGGCACCAGCAAGUUCACGUGCCAUAGCAGGGGCAUUGAAGGAGUGACGCCUGAGUGCCAUUAUCGACUGGAAUAUUCAUCCAGUUCCAGGGCCUCCCGGGUUCGGAUCCUGCCGUGGCAGAUGGUGAAAUUGGAAUUCAGUCAGUAAUCUAGAGUUCCAAGUCUAACGAUGAAGCCAUUUUUUGGGGGGGGGGCGGGGGAGGAGUUAGGGUGGGGUGGUGGUGAAGGGCGAUAAAACCCCCAUCUGAUUCACUCACGUCAUUUUUCGGGAAGGAAACUACCGUUGUGGGAAAGGAUUCACUCAGUUGUCCCAGCAGCAUCCUUUACCCUUUCUGGCCUAUGGUUGGCUCCACACUGCACCCCCCCGUUCUCUCCACCACUGGGCCCCUCCCUCUCCCCAGCAAAUGAACAGGGAGAAACCUACUUGGAUACAGAGUAUACGUUGAAAUUGCUGAAUGAGGCAAUACUUCCUACAGGCUAAGAAAGGGCGUGUGUGCGCUUUGACUUUGAGCUGUUUUUAAAUAAAAAGCUACUUUUUCUACGCCUUUUUUCUGGGGACAUUCUGAAGCUGUAACAAAGUUGGGUCACAAUAAAGGG